AUACAGCUCAACAGUCAGUUGCACCUCUUUCCACCAGCUCCCGGGACAAGAUGAAGCUCUCAUUCCUCUCCUUCUCUCGCAUUUUUCGAGAGUUAAACACAUUUUAAACUUCCUCCGGAGUUUUACCCUCCAGUCUGCCGCGCUUUUUUUUUCAAACCUCCGACCGUUUCUGCCGAGUUUUCCCCGGUCAAACUUCACCUUGAACGGCCGCCGGUGUGGAGUCGACGCGGAGCAGCGGUGGAUGUCACCAAAACCAAAAGAAACUUUGGAAAGUAAACGGUGUGCGAGAGUGGAAUGCAGCAGGAUUAUUAUCUGACGUUAACCUGAAUGAGGUGAAGCUAUCAGCCUGUAAGAUUACCUGUUUCCUGAUCUCCGCUGCACGAUAAUAAUGCCUUCGAGGUUACAAUGACUACGCUGAAGCACGUUAUUCUGCAGGACAAAGACCAGGACAAAGAAAGGAAGCUGGACUGGACUUACAUUGAAUGGGCUGAAAAUGAAGUUGUCACGACAGGUCUGGUGGACGCCCAAACGCAAACAGACUCAUGGCCUUUUGAGCACAAGGAAAUCCAGACGUGCAGCCCGGUCUUGAUGCACAUAGAUCUCAAAAGGACUCACUCCAAGUCGAGGCAUUCGUCCCUGGUGGACAUCGAUGGUUUGGCAGCACCUUUCUUCCAGUUUGACCGCCAAGCUCCCGGGCGGAUCUCCACAUCUCCGACCCUGAGGAGGAUGAGGAGCACGCGACGUUCAGUGAUAAGUUCUCGAGACCCUGGCGUGAUGGAGAGCACUCAGGAGGAGCCUUCAUCCCCAAGUACAACUUCCCCCAAAAGCCCCCUCUCUCCUACGCACAGAGUCACGUCUCCUCUCGCUGCAAACCCCGUCACUGAUGGAGAGAGCUCUCCAACUCAUCAACCAGGUUCGCAGAGAAUCGUAUCGCAUGGAUCGAAGACGUUUGACCUCGGGAUGAGUCCCACAAAACAACAAUGUCACAGCGCUCAUCUUGCUCUUUUUAAAAACGCUGGAUUUUCUGAUGAAGUACAGGAGUCUGACAACGGUGACGGCAGGCUUCAUGAGAGGAGGCGGAGCUCAGUGGUGGUCAGUUUACCUGGAUCAAAUGUUUCACCAGGAGACCUUUUUGUGUCCAACGGAGCAGCUGACAUGAUAAACGAUUCGAACCUUUCUGAUACAAAGAAAUCAAAGUGGCCCUUCCUGAGGCGCAGUACGACUAAAGGGAAGCUGCAGACAGGCGCAGUACCAGAUAUAGAAAAAUGCCUUUUAACCGUGCAGAUUCAAGACUGGAGAGGCACCGAGUUUCAGAAAUAUAAGGACUUCUGUCUGGCCGAGUUCCUCCAGGAUCAGCAGGUGAGCAUGACCUCUGACCCUCAGGGUCGAAAGAGACAAGAGGCCAUCUGGGAACUCUUCACCAGCGAGUGUGUUUACUUCCUGGAUCAGCUCAUGGUUCUCAAAGAGGUGUUUUUGGCGACGCUCACAGACCUGCAGCUGAAGAGCUGCCUGGCUGAUGUUGACUCCUGGAGGCUGUUUGCAAACCUGAAUGAACUUUGCCUGGUGAGUUCCAGUUUCCUGAAGAACCUCCUGCGUGUCAUUAAAGACACGCUGGAGAUCACGCAGGGUGGCGGGCCCACUCUGCUGGAGCUGCUGAGCAAGACCUUUCAGGAGAGCAUAUGUCACUGUCUGGAGAAGUACUGCCUCAACUACUCCUCAGCUCUGCUUUAUCUGCACAAGCUCGUGUCCAGGGAGGACUUUGGAUCGUACGUAAAGUGGUGUGAGAGGAACGAACAGUGUCGAAGGCUGCUGCUGCGCGACCUGCUGGUGGCGCCGCUGCACAGGCUAACCCGAUACCCGCUGCUGCUGCGGAACAUCGCAAAGAGGUGCCAGCUGGUGGAGGAGACCAGAAGGCUGCACGCCAUCACCGAGCAGGUGGACACGUCUAUAUGUGAUUUGGAGGGAAAAGUCAAAUGGCUGGAUAACUACAGGAAGCUGAAGCAGUUGAGGGAUGCGCUGGUGUGGCUGCCUGUGUGGGAGAGAGAGAAGCGCGCCUUCGUCCCUGAGAACCUGAAGCAUCUCCUGAAGGCCGUGACUCUGGAGAACCUCAUCUCUCACCGAAGUCUGCUGCACGAAGGGAAACUGGUGCUCACAGAGAACACAAAGCUGAUCGAUGUUUAUCUGUUCCUGUUCGACGAAUUCCUGCUGAUCACAAAGAUAAAGAGAAACAAAAAGAGGUCCACCAGUUCUGAGCAGAACUCUCUGAGACUGCAGCAGAACCUGGAGCUGGAUCAGCUGCUGAAAGAGGGGUGCACCUUCACAGUUCUGGACCAGCCCAUCUCUCUGGACCGACUCCAGCUAAAGAACAUCGAUCAGCUCAACGCCUCCACGUCGGGGCUGCCUCACUCGUUCAUCAUAAUGCACCACAACCGCUACCAACAGUGUAUCGGUGCGUUCAUCCUGCAAGCUGCGUCAGAGGCUGCCAAGAGAGAGUGGUUAUCAAAGAUGGAAGGUGCAGCGUCGGCGCUGCUGAAGCUGGACUCUCAGCAGCCGCGGCUGAAGAGCACCUCCUCAUGGUUGGAGUCCUCGCAGAUUUGACCCAUCAGAACCCGUCGGCGUGCGCGUCGCCGCCUGCUGAAGUCUGAGCGGCUCCUCCAGCACUGGGACUAUU